UCUCGGCAGAGGCCGCAGUUGACUGACUUGCUGUUGAGCUGCCGCUCUUUGGCCUGGCUGCAUUUUGAUGGCAGAGGGAGCAGUUAUGCCCAGAGCCCGGUGUGUCGGCAUCACCAGUCUGACCUGAGCACCAUGUGCUGCACGACAUGACACGUGGCACCGGGAGAACUGCCCAGCGAGGAAGGUCUGGGCCAGAUUCUCAGGGGCUGCUAGAUUCAUCUCUGAUGGCAUCAGGCACUGCCAGCCGCUCAGAGGAUGAGGAGUCGCUGGCAGGGCAGAAGCGGGCUUCCUCUCAGGCCUUGGGCACCAUCCCAAAACGGAGGAGCUCCUCCAGGUUCAUCAAGAGGAAGAAGUUUGAUGAUGAGCUGGUGGAGAGCAGCUUGGCCAAGUCCUCUACCCGGGCAAAGGGGGCCAGUGGUGUGGAACCAGGCCGCUGUUCAGGGAGUGAACCUUCCUCCAGCGAGAAGAAGAAGGUGUCCAAGGCCCCUAGCACUCCUGUGCCGCCCAGCCCAGCCCCAGCCCCUGGGCUCACUAAGCGUGUGAAGAAGAGCAAACAGCCACUUCAGGUGACCAAGGAUUUGGGCCGUUGGAAGCCUGCAGACGAUCUCCUGCUCAUCAACGCUGUGCUACAGACCAAUGACCUGACAUCGGUCCACCUGGGUGUGAAGUUCAGCUGCCGCUUCACCCUUCGGGAAGUCCAGGAGCGCUGGUACGCCCUGCUCUACGAUCCUGUCAUCUCCAAGCUGGCCUGCCAAGCCAUGAGACAGCUGCACCCAGAAGCCAUUGCUGCCAUCCAGAGCAAGGCCUUGUUUAGCAAGGCUGAGGAACAGCUGCUGAGCAAAGUGGGAUCGACCAGUCAGCCCACCUUGGAGACGUUCCAGGACCUACUGCACAGACACCCUGAUGCCUUCUACCUGGCCCGUACGGCCAAGGCUCUGCAGGCCCACUGGCAGCUCAUGAAGCAGUAUUACCUGCUGGAGGACCAGACAGUGCAGCCGCUGCCCAAGGGGGACCAAGUGCUCAACUUUUCCGAUGCAGAGGACCUGAUUGAUGACAGUAAGCUCAAGGACAUGCGAGAUGAGGUCCUAGAACAUGAACUGACCGUGGCUGACCGGCGCCAGAAGCGAGAGAUCCGCCAGCUGGAGCAGGAGCUGCAUAAGUGGCAGGUGCUGGUUGACAGCAUCACAGGCAUGAGCUCUCCGGACUUCGACAGCCAGACGCUGGCGGUGCUGCGGGGCCGGAUGGUGCGGUACCUGAUGCGUUCUCGGGAGAUCACCCUGGGCAGAGCCACCAAGGAUAACCAGAUUGACGUGGACCUGUCUCUGGAGGGGCCGGCCUGGAAGAUCUCCCGGAAGCAAGGUGUCAUCAAGCUGAAAAAUAACGGUGACUUCUUCAUUGCCAAUGAGGGCCGGCGGCCCAUCUACAUCGAUGGACGGCCUGUGCUGUGUGGCUCCAAAUGGCGCCUCAGCAACAACUCCGUGGUGGAGAUUGCCAGCCUGAGAUUCGUCUUCCUCAUCAACCAGGACCUCAUUGCCCUUAUUCGGGCCGAGGCUGCCAAGAUCACACCACAGUGAGGAGUGGUGGCAGAACCCAUGUGCUCUCUCUGGCCUCAGUUUCCCCUGCCAUUCCAGCCCCUUGGAGCUGGGCACUCAGGCUCCUGGAAAAACCAUAGUGGGCAGGAGGAGACCCAACUGCUGGCCCAUUGAUCUGAGCCUCUAUGGGAAAGUAGGGCUGAUCCUUGGGAAGCCCCUCGAGGCUGGGACCCUCCGGCUUCCUUGGAGCCAGAGCCCCUCCCCUUCUCUCUCUACAGGCCGUCAUUCUCUUCCCCUCAGAUUCCCACCUUUGUCCCUUUGUCUCCAGCUGAUUAGCUCCAGACUUUUCCUUUAUUAUUUUUCUUUUGUAAAUAAAAAGCACCAAGUUCCAAAGUA